ACAGGCCCCGCCCAGAGUUCCGGAGCCCACCCACCUCCCCGGCGGGUCAGAUUGGCGCAGGAUGGCGGAGGGCAGGAGCCUGUCCGAGGUGCGUGCGCUGGUUGGGGCUUCGCAUGGCAUCACUGAUCUGGCCCGCAAGCUUCACUUCUAUGACCAAUGGGCUCCGAACUAUGACCAGGAUGUGGCUGCCCUGCAGUACUGCGCUCCGCGCCUCGCAGUCGACUGCCUCAGCCAAGCCCUUCCGGGUCCACCCCACGCUGCCCUGAUCCUGGACGUGGCCUGUGGUACUGGCCUCGUGGCUGCAGAGCUGCAGGCUCGGGGCUUCCGCCAGCUGCAUGGGGUGGAUGGAAGCCCAGGGAUGUUGGAUCAGGCCAGGGCCCGCGGCCUCUACCAGUGCCUCAGCCUCUGCACCCUGGGCCAGGAGCCACUACCCAGUGCUGAAGGGACCUUCGACGCGGUGCUGAUGGUGGGUGCCCUCAGUGAUGGCCAGGUGCCCUGCAGCGCGAUACCUGAGCUCCUGCGAGUUACCAAGUCAGGUGGGCUGGUUUGUCUGACCACCAGGACCAACCCAUCCAACCUUCGAUACAAAGAGGCGCUGGAGGCCACCCUGGACAGGCUGGAGCAGGCUGGGGCAUGGGAACGCCUGGUGGCCCGGCCUGUAGACCGUGGGAACUGGCCACCUCCGAGCUCGAGGUGGGGCCUGGCACCUCCGACAGCGACGGCUUCAUCUCAGGCAUCAUCUAUCUGUACCGGAAGCAGGCGGCAGCCCAGGCUGCGGGAGGGAGGCCUGGUGCCUAGGCCCCAGCUGGCCUCCGACUCUCCUGUGGCCUCAGCCAGGCUCCUCUGCUUUGCCUGUAAAAUGAAGCCAGUGAGUCACCCCUGCCCCCAGGAGAGUUGUGCCUAUUAAAUGAGACCCAAAGUGGACAUCA